AUGGACAUCGGGGGUCUGGAGACCGUGGUGGCCAACUCGGCCUACGUGUCGGCGCGCGGCGGCCCCGGCGGCGGCAAGGAGCGGCGCUCCAAGGCGCGGCUGCGCCUGCCCCACAUCUCCCAGUGCGAGGCCCUGCGCGCCCAGCUGGGCGGCACCGCCGGCGCCCAGAACGGGGGUCCCGGAGCCCCCAACGGCGCCCCGCCCGGCCACACCCAAGAUGGCGGCCAGGAGACGUCGUUCCGGUGGCAGUGCGUGGAGCAGCCCAUCGGGAAGCUGCUGUUCCGGAGGUUUCUGGAAGGUUCCGCCCAGUUCGCGGCGGCCGGGGCGUUGUGGGCGGAGAUCGAGGCCUUCGAGCAGUGCGAGGACGCCGAGAGGGAGGCGGCGGCCAAGAGGCUGCGGAGCCGGUUCUUCACGCCGGGAGGGUCCGAGCACUGCGGCUUCCUCAGCGCCGCCGCCACCGCGCCGCCCGCAGGCUCCACGCUCCCGUGCGACGCCUUCGUGCCGGCGCGGCGGGAGCUGCUGGCGCACCUGGAGGCGGCGGCCUGGGGGCCGUACCGGGGCUCGCCCGAGUUCAGCCGCUUCGUGCAGUUCAAGUGGCUCGAGAGCCAGGCCGUCAACGCCGACGCCUUCGUGGAGUUCCGCGUGCUGGGCAAGGGCGGCUUCGGCGAGGUCUGCGCCUGCCAGCGCCGCGCCACCGGCAAGAUGUACGCCAACAAACGCCUCAACAAGAAGCGCCUCAAGAAGCGCAAGGGAUACGAGGCGGCGCUGGUGGAGAAGCGGAUCCUGGCGCGCGUCCACAGCCGCUUCAUCGUGUCCCUGGCCUGCGCCUUCCAGACCAAGACCGACCUCUGCCUCGUCAUGACCAUCAUGAACGGCGGCGACCUGCGGUACCACAUCUACAACGUGGACGAGGAGAACCCAGGCUUCGCGGAGCCGCGCGCGGUUUUCUACACGGCGCAGAUCCUGCUGGGGCUGGAGCACCUGCACCAGCACCGCAUCGUCUACCGCGACCUCAAACCCGAGAACGUCCUGCUCGACGACGCCGGUGGGGACACGGGGACACCGGGGGGACAGGGGGACACUGGGGGCAUUGGGGGUCCCCCAGGGUUCAUGGCCCCCGAGCUGCUCAAGAACGAGGACUACGAUUGGUCGGUCGAUUACUUCACGCUGGGGGUGACGAUCUACGAGAUGCUGGAGGCCAAGGGCCCCUUCCGCCGGCGGGGGGAGAAGGUGACCCCCACCCCCAGCGCCCCCCAGCACCGCCCA